CAGCACAUCCAAAGCGAACUGGAGCGGAGCGUCGGCGAGUUCGUGGCCAAUGAAGACGGGCGCGCCGUCGCGCGAAAGUUGUUCGGGGCGGAGCUCCGCGAUUCGGCCAUUUUUGUAGUUGACGGCCGCCUCUUCGCCACGGAGAAGUUUAUGGCCUCUUCAAAGAAGCGCGGCCACGCGAUCAUGCUGGCAUCUACAAUAAGGAACGGCGGUUUGACAAAUACGGCCUACGCUCAUAUUUCAGGGGCCGACGGCGGGGCGACGGGGCCGCCCUGCAUCAACGGCACCGGGUAUGAAGUCCCUACGACCGUCAUAGCGAAGCGGAGCGGCUACGCGCAGUGCGGCAUCUUGGUGCCGAACCCCUACUUCGGGCGGGGCGACCUCCACGGUGCGUGGGCCCGGCAGCAGGACCAUAUCAGACAAAAAUCCAUCCAGUUAAAUGGCACGGACCCGCGCGUGUUUUGGAGGGGCUCGUGUUUGAACCACGAGAACCGCGAGGGUCGAUUGGCGACGAACCACCCCGGGAAAGACGAGACGCUCACCCAGGAGGAGAAGUGGGGCGAGACGACGUGCUCGCGCGACCGGGGCAACCGCGCGCGCAUGCUUGGGGCGGCGCUGUCCGUGCGGCGGCCCGAUCUGUUUGAUGUCAAGUGCUCGCGGAGCGCGCCGCCGUCGGACUUUAGUUGCGUCUCCGGCCAGGAGCGAUGGGAGCACGACCAGGCCCGGUCCAGCGUGGUCCGGAACCCGGCGAAGGUCCUGGACGACGCGUGGGUCGAGCCCGAGGACUACGCGCGGUACCAGUACUUGUUAAACCUGCCGGGCGAGACGAGCGGGAGCUAUAGCAGGAACCUGAACCACCUGCGCGGCGGCGGCGUCCUUAGGGGUGAUCGACGCCGGCGACGCGACCGACCGCAGGUGGGCGACGGGCGCCGUCGUGCUCCUCUGGAACGCGCGCUUGGUUGAGUGGUACUACCCGGCGCUGGCACAUCUGCAGAACGUAGGCAUCGUGGAUACCGCGAACGCGAUCAAGGUCGUCGAGGGCCUCAACGACCCGCGCUACUCGAAGGCGCGCGCGCAGCUCGCGCUGGGAGCGCGCGUCGUCGACCGGGAGCUGGUCUGUCCCGACUGCAUCGCGUCGUAUUUACGUAGGGUCACGGUCCGU